GUAUUCUUAAAUGCAAUGUCAUUGGUCAUUACAGGUCCCAAGUGCCCAGAAUUGGAGGUACCCCGAAAUGGCCGACUAGACUGUACGGAAGGGGAUCGUGAGCGCGGACCAUGCACUGUUGUGUGUAACCGUGGUUACCAGCUACUUUCCGGACCUGCGACAAGCUACUGCCUGGGCAGCGUGUGGAGCAGCAUCAUCACAACAUUCUCCUGUGUCCGUGCCUCAGCCCCUAGAAGGCAGAGAAGGAGUGUGAACAUGAGGUUCUCUGGCUACUGCAGCAGUGAGGAGUCCUUCCAGAAUGAAUUCCGUGAUGGCUUGUACCACAGCUUCCAGACCAACGGUCUGUGUACCCCCGGCCAAGCAGACGAAGUCGGACUCUGCAACAGGAAUAACUACAAUGUUCAGUGUGGCCUGGAGAAACGCUCUGUGUUUGGGCGGAUGAAGAGAGCAGGAGAUGGCGUGUCGGUAGAGAUCCCCCUGGAGGUCCAGCCUGACCAGUCUGGAGAUGCUGUGGACACUGUAGAUGAGGGGGAUGAAGUGCUGGAUAAGGCAGUGGAACAGCACCCUCCGCCAACUACCAGUUCUUACAAUUAUUAUGUGCAGGUCGAGAGGCUCACGGACGCAGGCGUGACGGUAGAGGCGCGUGGAGAGACGUAUGUCAGCACGAGUGACUCAUUUACUGCCUCCGCAAUUACGUACGAGUGUGACCAAGGCAUGGUUGAGGUCAACAAAGUCUGUGUUACCUGUCCUGCUGGAACUUUCCAUGAUGGAGACAAGUGCACAUACUGUGUUCAGAGCUUCUACCAGCCUGAGGAAGGGCAGCUCAGCUGCAAGGCAUGUCCAGAAGGAACCGUGACAGACAUGCCGGGAGCCUACAGGAAAGACCAAUGUAUGGUUCCACCGGAGCCCCAGUCAUCAGCUGGUCUCCCCAUCGCCAUCAUAGCGGGGGCAGCUGGGGGAGGCGCACUCCUUAUCAUCAUCAUCGUUGCCAUUGUCUGCUGUGCUCGCCGUGCCAGCAGGAACAAGGAGGGUGGGAGUCCCGCUAAGAAAAACGAAAAGGUUCAGAAUUUUCCCAACAGCAUUUAUGAGCAUCCCGCCGGGGGGUCCGUUCCCCCACAGGAGAAUGUGUACGCUGAGAUACCGGAGUAUGGUUACAAGGGAGAUGUGUCUGCUGCCCCGCCCCUACCAGCGCAGCGCAAAAGUGGCCCGCCUAGUGAUGACACGUACCAGGGGUUACAGAAAACACAGGAUAACACAUACCAGGGCCUACAGCACCCUGGACGCGACAGCCGCAAGAAAAUGAAGGUCACCACUAUUGCGUGAAUAAGGGCUAAAUCACGCCACCCACCCAUAGUACUACAGUAAUGCAAGUGUCUCUAUAUCACUUUCAAAUCAUUCAAGGGCAGCACAUUUGAUAGGGGGACAGCAUUGGACAACUUUGUAACGUACUCCGGCAUCUCAGCUACAAUUUCAUAAAUUUACAGCAAUAGAUAAGCCUUAUGGCAAAACAGAUCACAUCUGAACUUGAAUUGUACUCUUUCAUAUAGAUACUUGUCAUGUGAGCUGUCAAGGUGACAAGUUGAGGUGUAUACAAUUGUUUUACCUGUGUGGAAAGUGGAGCAACAUAUUCAAGAUGUCACUACAGUCAAUCAUUUCAUUUCAUCAUAGUAGCUGCAUGAAGUUCCUUUGAUUUUUACUUUUCUAUUAUACAUGUAUUAU